AUGGCCGUAUCGUUCGCAGAAAUGAUUUCGUUGGCGAUGCCAUCCUUGUUGCCGCCGCCGCCGCCGCUGCUCGUCGCCCGUUCGGCGAUCUCAGCCGACAAAAUUCCAUCUGCCGCAGCGGUCUUGAUUGCGAAAGCAAUUACAUCGUUGCUGCCGCUUUCGCCAUUUCCACCGCGAUUGCUGCCGUUGCUGCCGUUGUUGCGGGUGUGGCCAAUGCGGACGGCAGCCAGUGCAGCCCGAGCAGCUCGAGCUCGACGUCCGCGUUCUGUUCGUUCCCUUCAUCUUGUUCAUUCCGUUCGCUUCCCGAAACGAAAGAAUGUUGUCGAUGUUGAUGCGCGGUCGGGAAAGGUUGCGCGGAAUUCAAUUUCCCACAAACUUCCGACGUUGGCGCUAAUGGUUGGCAACAACUCGGUUGCUUAUUGUUCCAUCGGUUUGCUACCGUCUGUUAGACCUUGCAAAUUACCAACCUUGUCCCCGCCAUCAACCUUACCACCAUUGGCGACCAAGUCCCAUUGUUGGAAGCGGCUGCCAGAGACAGUGUUAGCUUGGCUCCUGCAUCAUGUUCGUUUUGUCUGCCCAAGGUGUUCUUGGUCCAGUCAAUCCAGUUGCCCUGUUGAAUUCGAUCAUGGUGUUUGCCAACAAAAGCCUGCACAAGGUUUUUGCAUAUCCGGCAGGAAAGCUUAUGUGUUUCGGAUUGCUCAAUGGGAUUCCUUCCAGGUUUUUGUGAAACCUUCUCUUCCAACGUGCCAGGUUGACAAAUCCAACAUGUUGUUGCUGUUCCGGACAGGAUCAUUGGCACCACUGUUAUGGAAACCACUGUUGGGCACAACCUGGGUAAAGGUUGCGUGCUUUAGAAAUCCAAAAUUUCUGAUGGCACCGCUGACACUGACCAAUCGUGUCCGCCUUAGUGUGGCUAGGAAUGGGUCUUGUUCUGCUCGCUUCCUUCGCCUUGUUCAUCCUGCUUGUGGCUGUAAGCCGGUCUGUGAGAUGUGGCAAGAUGGCAAAGUCAGGUGCAGGCUGAAACACACAGCGGCUCUCACAAUCCCUUGUGUGCUUUGCGUGCAAUUUGCUCGAUCUGAUGAACCACCACCGAUGACAUCAUCACCAUCAGGUUCAUUGCCGAGGGUGACCAAUUUCAGGCUGCCAAGGAACUGCAAG